AGAACUGUUCAGUAUGUCAGCCAUUGUUGAUUUUAGUGGAAAAUGGUAAAUCGCAGUUCCUGGUUUUAUCAAAUUUGUAAUAAUAAAUGACGGAGACGAAUGAAGAAGAAAUAAACCAAGUUUUUAACGUUGAAACUAUGCACACUAUGUCAGAACUUGGUACAAGUGUACCGGCUUUUCUUGGCAAAUUAUGGAAGCUUGUCGAGGAUCCCGAAACCGACGACCUUAUUUGUUGGGCUCCAAAUGGAAGGAGCUUUUUCAUCAGAAAUCAAGCCCAGUUUGCCAGAGAACUUCUUCCUCAUUAUUACAAACAUAAUAAUAUGGCCAGUUUUGUGAGACAAUUAAAUAUGUACGGAUUUCACAAGAAAGUUUCAGUCGAAUUAGGUGGCUUGAAAUGUGACCGAGAUGAAAUGGAAUUUGCCCAUCAAUAUUUCUGCAAAGGACAUGCGUAUUUAUUAGAUCACAUUAAAAGAAAGAUCGCAACAUCGAAAAUUCAAGAUGCCUCACAAGCGCCAAUAAAACCAGAACUAAUGACAAAGAUGUUGACGGAAGUGAGAAGUAUGAGAGGACGUCAGGAGCAUUUAGAUUCAAAACUCGGAGCAAUGAAGCGAGAGAAUGAGGCUCUUUGGAGGGAACUUGCAGUUCUGCGUCAAAAACACUUGAAGCAACAGCAAAUUGUCAGUAAAUUGAUUCAUUUUCUCGUGACACUUGUCCAGCCAUCGAGAGGCGGUGGUCUUUCUGUUAAGAGGCGGUAUCCACUUAUGAUUGAUGAUUCUAAUAGACAGCGUAGCAAGCAAAGUAAACUUAAUAGGGCUCAAGCAUCACCGGCUGGACCAGUUAUUCAUGAACUAGAUCCUUCGGAUCAUGAUUUAGACUCGCAAUAUAUUGUCGAUGAAAUAUUAGAAAAUCAAUUGGAUCCAACAAUGCAGAAUUCGGAGUAUUCAAGUCAACCGAUUGUCGAUGAGGAUGCAUCGGAAGUUUUAAAUUUAGUAGAAUCAGUGGACAUGCCCGAAAAUAUUGAAUAUAUUCCUCAAGAGGAAGGCGAUUCAAAAAAGAAGAAGUCCAAAGGCAAAAAGAAGAGGAAAAACAACGUGCCUAUCAAAAUUCUUAUACCAUCAACAAAGAAGGGAGAGGAAUCCAGGGAGGAAACAAUAAUGCUGGAAAUUCCCGAAGAGGAAGAGGAAGAUGAUCCGAGACCAUUUGAAAAUAAAUCAAAAUCAAUACCACUCGCGACUGUUCGAAGUUCAAAACUUGCAGCGAUGGCAGCUAAUCUCAAUUCCGAUCCAGAAGUAGAUGCAGAAACUGAAUUAAAUAAUGCAUUGUGUGGUGAUAUCGAUGAUUUGGAAGCAGACGAUGUACAAAUUGUUCACGUUCCUGAUAUGCAACUUGACGAUAUUUUGAUUAUUCCCGAAAUGUUAAAUGAAAAUAACAUAAAGAACAAUGAAAAUAAUGCUCUUAAUAGUAUUCUAAACAGUAAGAAUGCAAAUAAUACUGAGGAUGGGAAUAAUACGAAUUUUAACGUAUUAUCGCCGAAGGAACAGCAAUUAAUUGUUGGCAAUAAAGAUAGUAGUGCUGGUUUAGAAUUGGAAAAGAAUAAUGCACAAAAUGGUGCGAGCACAAGUACAUCCUCAGAUAAUUUGUCACUCAGUUGCAUUAAUACUCCAGAGCCAGAUGGAAUGUGCAGGUUAGGCUCAUUACCGGAACAAGUGGAUAAUCAUUUGGAUAACGUACAGAGUGAAUUGGACAAUUUACGAGACAUUUUACGAGGAGAAGGUUACAGUAUUGAUGCUAAUACAUUACUUGGGCUAUUUGGAAACGAAGAUCCGAUGUCAUAUGGAAUUCCAAUGAAUCCUGAUUUAAAUCCUAACGUAAAUCGUGAUAAGGAAGAUGAACUCAAUAGUAGGAAUACAAAUAAUGGAAAUAGAGGGGAACUUAUGGCUUAUAAUCCUUCAACUUUACUUGAUUUCGAUGAUGUUUUUAUGAAUGAAAAUGGAUCACAAGAAGGUUUUAAUACAGAAUCUGAAAAUUUCAACACCGAUCCAUUGGAAUUGGAAAGUAAGAAUGCCAUUCUUGAUUCACUCAUCUCGGCUAAUAAUAAUAAUCAGGCAUCGAAAUAAAAAAAAAAAUAUCUUUUUAUCGUGAAUUAUGCUAGCUGAUUUUGUGAUUUAUCAAUAAUUAUUCCUUGGUAAACAAAUUAUUUAAUACCAACUUAUUUAUACUUUAAGACUUUUUCUUAAAAAAAAACAAACUAUAAUUUGGAAUUUUAAUUUUCUCUUAGUUUUAUUUU